UCUAUGUGCAUAUCUGAGAAGAAGACAUACACAGAGAAAGACAAAUGACAAAGAUAGAAAAAUUCCUAAUAAUUCAAUCUCAUUCGCGAGCCCGAACCGGUAUAAUCCGAACCCGAACCCGAACCGGGUCUUUCUUUCAAACAAUAAACGGUAAUAAGUUUUCCCUACUCCGACUUUCAGAAAAGAAAAAAAAAAAAAAAAAAAAGCUUAGCCGGCAAAACCAGACCAGUGGAAGUGGGAAGAAACUCAAACACUUGGACUCUUCGUCGGCGCCUCCUGUUACUGUUAGGGUUUAUCCUAGACUCAGGAAAAAUGGCUCUUCGUUUCGAGAUAUUAGGGAGGUUUAAUCGUGCUCGUGCAGAGAAUCUAACACUCCCUCAUCAUGUGUGUCAGACACCUCUUUUCAUGCCCGUGGGAACACAAGGGACUAUAAAAGGUUUGGCAACUAAUCAGCUUGAGGACAUUGGUUGCCAGAUAAUACUAGGGAAUACAUAUCAUUUGGCACUUCGCCCUACUUCUGAGCUCCUUGAUGAACUGGGAGGUCUGCACAAAUUUAUGAACUGGCCGAGAGCAUUGCUUACUGAUUCUGGUGGCUUUCAGAUGGUAUCAUUAUUGCAUUUAGCUGACAUCACCGAGAAGGGUGUAACAUUUCAGUCCCCAGUUGAUGGAAAGCCAAUGCUUCUAACACCAGAGGAAUCAAUUCAAAUUCAAAACAGAAUUGGAGCAGAUAUUAUAAUGGCUCUUGAUGAUGUGGUCAAAACUACCAUUACUGGUCCAAGAAUUGAGGAGGCAAUGUAUCGCACUCUUCGAUGGAUAGACAGAUGUAUAGCCGCUCACAAGAGACCAAAGGAGCAGAACUUAUUUGGAAUUGUGCAAGGAGGGUUGGAUCCUGUUCUUAGGGAUAUAUGUGUAAGAGGCUUGGUGGAUCGAAAUUUACCUGGCUAUGCCAUUGGUGGUCUUGCAGGUGGUGAAGAUAAAGAUUCAUUUUGGCGCGUUGUUGCUCAGUGUACUGCUGCAUUGCCUGAGGAUAAACCAAGAUAUGUUAUGGGUGUUGGUUAUCCACUGGAUAUUGUAGUUUGCAGUGCCUUAGGUGCUGAUAUGUAUGACUGUGUUUAUCCAACCCGUACUGCUCGCUUUGGCACAGCUCUUAUACCAGAGGGAGUUCUGAAACUAAAAAACAAAGUGGUGGCUGAUGAUACUCGGCCCAUCGACCCUACAUGUGAUUGUAUGGUCUGCAAAAAUUAUAGUAGAGCAUACAUUCAUUGCCUUGUGACAGUAGAUGCCAUGGGAUCUCAACUUGUCUCAUAUCAUAAUCUGUAUUACAUGAUGAAGCUUAGCAGAGAUUUACACUCCUCAAUAGUUCAAGGAAAUUUUCCCGAGUUUGUUUGCAAGUUUCUGCAGAGAAUGUUCCCCAAGGGUGAUGUUCCUGAAUGGGUCUGCAAUGCCAUGGAGGUAGCUGGGAUUGAUAUCUCAUCAUGCUGUGCACCCUUUGUUUCAUCCCAUAAAUAGAAAGUAUGAAAGUUACACCAACAAAAGGAAAAAAAAAUAUUCACCAAAUAGGCUUUUAAACACAGUUUUACAAGGAGUUUUUAGUUUAACAAAUAUAGACUAAGGCAGCAUAAAUUUUGGUAGUGUAGUCCUUAUGCACUGCUUGAGUUGGAGAGUAUCAACUUAAAUUUAUUCCUCCCAUUUUGGUUUCUUCUCAUUUGUUUGAUUGAGACAUUAUUUAUAACCAAAAGAAAACAUUUUAUGCUUAUGAGUAAAAGAAUGAACUUUACGUUAUUGUCA